AGCUACGGCCAUCUGAGAGCCAAGGGUCAGUCCUUGCUUCCGUCUUGGAUGGAAGAAAAUAAACGAACACAGAAAGGAAAGCCAAGUUGAGGCAGUCACCCAGGUCACAACACUUUCAACUCAAACAACUAAAGCUGGCAGAAUUGUAAGCAACUGAAAACCUGAAGAUAGGACCUUCCUGUGGGAUAAACUGAACCAUCAGCUGGGCAGCUGCUCCCCAACACUUUGGGAAACACUUGCACCAAAGAAACCCCUCGAAGAGAAUCACAGAACCACAGAGUGGUGCGGGUUAUCAGGACCCUAAAGCUCGUUCAGUCCACAGCCAGCCAUGGGCAGGAACCAGACCAAGCUGCUCCAAGCCCCAUCCAACCUGGCCUUGAACAGGCACCCAGAGCUUCUCUAGACAUCUAUGCCAGUAUCUUACUACUUUCGAGAGAUAAAUAAACGCGAAGGUCAGACUUCCAGAGGCUCCACCGGGAGCUCACAGGACGCAGCCCUGGGGUACAGGAGCCGGCGGGACCCGGCAGCGGCCGGAGCGGUGCGGGCACUCCCCGAGCGGGCGGUACCGCUCCCAGCUCGCACCCGCCCGCGGCCGGAGGAGGAGGAGGAUGAGGAGAAGGGAGCGCCGAGGGGCAGGGCAGGGACUGGCCGCAGCCGCCCCCUCUUUGCUCGCUGCCAGACCCGCCGGGCCCGCUCGGCUCACCUGCCGGGGCCGUCCGCGCCCCCAGCCCCACUCCGGCCGCGGCCCCGCUCCGAGCGACACCGCUCACCGCUUUCGCUUUCCCUUUCCUGGCGAAGGAGGGGCGGCCCCGGCUGCCGGCCGCCCUCGGGGAAAGGCCGCAAUUGUCCCCUGAGCUGCGGCAGGGCAGGUGAAGAAGCACUUCGGCCGGGCACCGGAGGGACCAGAGGGCUUUAACAGACGUGUAGAUGUGGCACUUGGGGACGGGGCUUAGUGGUGGGCUUGGCAGUGCUGGGGAAAUGGUUGGACUGGAUGAUUGUAGAGGCCUUUUCCCACCUGAACGAUUCUAGGAGUCCUUGUAGGUAUGGCAGACCCGGCUCCCAUGUUAUGAACAAAAAAGUUACCGUUUUUUUUAAGAGAAGGGGCUGCAGAGGAGUUUUCAGUUGAGCUAGGAAUUGAUCGCUGGCCAAGAGUUCUUUGUUAGUGAAAUGUUAGAAUCACCCCUUGAGUAUCCUUAAGUACCGCGGUUUAACUCUCUAUUGUGGAGAACUCUUGUUUUUCAGAACCACCCUAGCCUGUUGCCAGGAGGAUGACAACCUCCCCUCGGACGGUGGGGAGAGGGAGAUAUUUGCAUCUCAGGAGACAUGCAAAUUUAUCUCAAACCCCGAACUGCACUGGGACGGGACCUUCACCAAAUCCUGGAAAAUACCCCAAAAAAGACGAGCCAAAGCAGAAUUGAGAAGUCAGGGUGGUGUCUAGACAGCAGGGCCGAAGUCCGAAGCCGACAGAGAUGCUUGAAAACCUCGGUCAGUCCUCGCCCCAACUACAAUGAUGCCAGUCGGACCCAGGACCCCCUAGACUGAUAAGCUACACUGUGAAGCUUGGGUAUGCCCCCACUGCCUUUGUGAGUAUCGGACUCCCGGCUUUGGCGUCUAGGGGACAUAGCCGCAAAUCCUCCUCUUUUGAGUCAUUGCUGGGAGUCGGCGGCUGAACUCCCCAGAUCUGCCAAAACCCCACUGUGACCUGAUCGCUUUAAUAAAGGCAUUAAAAGGAAAAAAAA